AUGAGGCAUCUUAGCGAACCAUUGUUCGAAAAAGACUUCCUUUCACAGUUGCCAGAGGAGAUUGCUUGUCGUAUCAUCGCCUACUUGACACCGUGCGAUUUGAUGACUUGUGCUGGCGUUUCGCGGGCGUGGCGGCGGCUUUGUGAAGAUGAUCGGACGUGGCGACAGGAAUGUUUGGAGAGAGGAUAUGUGAAAUUUGACGCACCAAGUUUUUGUUUUCUCGGAGGUUGGGCGACGAAUCGAGCAAAUGAGCAAGGGGGAAUCGCAAUCUCCUCACAUAUGACCUUUCAGGAAGCACGUCAAAAUCGACGAGAACGCGAGAUCGCAUAUGGAAAAUGUUAUGAGCGAUCAUCAUGGAAGUCACUGUACUUGCGGAAGAAGCGAAUCAUUUCAAACUGGCGAUCCCGAGCGAUUCAAUCAAGCACUGUCCAAAAGGUCUAUAAAGGGAUCUUUCGUCUACAAGUUCACUCUGGUCGUAUUAUUACUGGUUCUGCUGAUAAUACGUUGCGGGUCUGGAAUGUUGAUGAUACUCAGCCGGCUUUCACUCUAACUGGCCAUAUGGGUCGUAUUUUGACAUUUCAAAUGAGCGAUGAUGGCAAAUACAUUAUCAGUGGCUCGGCUGAUCAAACGGUGCGCGUUUGGUGUGGUCAAACCGGUUUCCAGCGUGAUGUUCUACAGGGGCAUACGGGUACUGUUAACUGCAUAAGUCUACAUGGAACAACUCUUGUUUCUGGAUCGGGCGAUCAAACGCUCCGUGUAUGGGACAUUAUCGACGGGAAAUGCCUUCACAUUUUGACUGGCCACUUGGCGGAGGUACGUUUUGUGCUAUUUGAUGGGAAACGGGUUGUUUCUAGUGCUGAUGGUGAUGAUUUUACCGUAAAGGUUUGGAAUGCACACACGGAGGAGUGUUUGUAUAUGUUGAAGGGCCACACGGAUACAAUCCUUUCACUUUUGUUUGAGUCAGAGCGUGAUCUUGUCGUGUCGGGUAGUCGUGACGGAACGAUUCGCGUCUGGGAUGUGCGAAGAGGAAGUUCGAUGGAUGGCUUGGUCAUGCUGUGGGAUGUGGAUAAAGGUAUCUUCGUUCGUGAUCUCGUUCGUCUUGCAUCGUGUGGAUAUGGCGGUUACAAUUGGCUUCUCAAAGCGACUGAAACAUUGCUCGUGGGUGCAUUUGAAGCGAGAUUGGCAGAGAGCACAAAUCUCAUCUUCAUCGAUUUUGACGCAGCGUAUCCG